AUGGCAUUAAAGCGGAUCCAGGCGGAGAGAGUGAAGCGAGUUCAGAAGCCAUCCAGUCGGCAUCGGAAGAUCACCGGGCAGCUUAAGCCCCAUCGGGAACUUUCACCGCUACCCCACUACGGCCCCCCCUUGCAGCCGCCGUCUCCGCCGCCCAUAGGGGGGGUGCAUUACGCUCCGUACCAGGCCGGUCCCCAUUAUGGCGCUCCCACCCAGUAUGGUCAGUACGGGGCGGGGGCUCCCAACCAGUACGGGGCUGGGGCUCCCAACCAGUACGGGGCUGGGGCUCCCAACCAGUACGGGGCUGGGGCUCCCAACCAGUAUGGUGCUGGGGUUCCCAACCAGUAUGGUGCUGGGGUUCCCAACCAGUACGGGGCCAACCAAUAUGGGGCUGGGGUUCCCAACCUAUAUGGGGCCAACCAAUAUGGGGCUGGGGUUCCCAACCAGUACGGGGCUGGGGCUCCCAAUCAAUAUGUGGGUCCCAAUCAGUACGGGGAUGUGGUUGGUGGGAUGGCACAGACGGGGGGGUUGGCACAUACUAGGGAGAUGACGCAUAAUGGGGCGAUGGCCAAUUCCCAAGGCAAUGUGUCUGGAGGCGGCGCGACAGUUGCGCAUGAGGGGAUCGACACGAAGAUCGUGCUGUUGAACAAGAUCGACGAGUUGGAGCGGAAACAGCAAGAGGCGGAGGAGCGUGCGGCUGAGGCAGAGUAUCAGUUGCGUCAAGCAGAGUUGAAACGGCAAUGGGAAGCCAUCCACGGUCCAGAUGAGGAUGUCGGGUCGGCUGCCUUCACGGGCACCUUUACGGGUGGCACCUUCACCGGUGGCAGCUUCGCGGGCGGUAGCUUCACGGGUGGUACCUUUACGGGUGCCGGCAUGUCCACGACCGGCGCGGGGUUGUCUGGACGUUUGUCUGGUCUCAAUGACGAGGACGAAGUGCGAAUGGUAAGACGAGGUGCAGCUUCGGCGGUCUUACGACCGGCACCGAAUCCGGUUCCCGGGUUCCCGGCAGCGCGGCGCAACUCUAUCGCGGCCCCCCCGACGAUGAUCAAAGUGCCCAUUGACACGGGCGUCUCGCAGGCCUUCAGCUACCUCAAAACUCAGCAGGUCCCGGCAAUGGCUUUCAGUGAAACCAGCAGCUCCAGCUGCUCAUCCUGCGAGGACGCAGACAGCAGCGAACAACCCGCCGGCGAACAAAGACCCGAUCUGAGCGAACUUCAGGUUCCCAAUCAAAUUGCAGGCAUAAGCAAUAGUGCAUUGACCCAACACUACACGAAUGACCAAGACUUGGCAGAAACGGACUUACCGUCAAGCCGCGUUGCCAUGGUUAAACGCACCGAUGAUCUGCCGCCGCCGCCGUCUGCGUUCGACCAUCCUUCAGAGUCAGAACGGCAGUAUCAGCAGAUGCAUAGCCAGCAAGCACCCGACCAGCAAAUACCCGGCCAGCAAGCACCCGGCCAGCAAACACCCGGCCAGCAAACACAUAGUCAACAUCAAUAUGAGCUGGCGGCUCUGGAGGCUAAAGAGAGGGAAGAGAUCGAGGAGCGACGCUCGCACAUUCGUGCUCUGGACGCGGAGCGACAACUCUUGGCUGAACAACAGCGACAACGCGAGAUGGCCUUGGAACACCAGCGGGCGAACUACUUCAAGUUGAUUGCCGAACAGGAACGCGUUGCUCGUGAAUACCAGAACGCGUUGGCGCACAGACAAAAGGAAGAACUAAACCAAAGGCAGAUGGAGUUGGAGCGUCUGCGUCAAGAACAGGAACACAGACUUAAAGAGAACCAGCGCCUCGUCCAAGAAAGGAAUGCCGUGGAACAGAAACGGUACAAGGAGGCGACUCGGCAAAUAAAACAUAUCGUUAGCCACUGCCGGCCUCUGCAGUCCUCGCCGCUAAGUCACCUCAUUUCCUCUAGACCUCUGGACUCGCGAGUUCUCUCGGCCGGGGUCGCCUGUCGCCAUCGGAGCAUUAUGGAGCCACCGAGAACGUCGCGGAUGGGGACUGUGAGGUUGGAGCCUGUGAGGGUGGAGCCUGUGAGGGUGGAGCAUGGGAGGGUGGAGCCUAGGAGGGUGGAGCCCGGGAGGGUAGAGAUGCCUGUGCAGCAACUGGGUUCUCCUGUAACCUUCAGGGGAGAACCAGGCAAGGCGACGGCCAUGGCUGCCCAAUAUCCCUACCUACCAAACAUCGUUGUUAGUCACCCGCCCCAGGGCCCAAUGGUUGUCGCAAGUCCCGGUAGACUGGCGCCAAACCCAUUGCCUUCACUUUCUCAGUCACAGCGGCCCAUUAUGGGUCCUGCCCAGACGCCAAGACUGUCGCCGAGGCUCUCAGGAAGAGUAGAAACGCACCAGAGGGGAACAAGUGAGAGCACUUCGCGGCGUGUUAGCGAAAUUGCGCGAGGUAUCUCGGGGUUUCGAGAAGCCCAGAAGGCGUACUCGACUGUCUCUCCGAAACCUCUUAAAGAACGUCGACUCGUACACGAACCUAACCUGUCCCGACGGGCUGGAGUUACUUCCAAGCCAGCGACCAUUGUGCGAGGAACGCCACGAAAGAUCCAGGCCAGGCGAGAAAUACUCUCCAACAACUUGGCACCCACCGGGAACCCCCAAGCUUAUACUUUACAAGUGACUCCUCCUCAUAGCGCAAAACACUUCGUGCACGCCGCUUCAGAACAACGAAUGGCUCCGAACAACCAUUAUACGGUGUUACACCGUCAACGCGGCUCCCAUCAUAUGGAAGACACUACUCACCACCCACAACUGAAUCAUGCACAACUGAAUCAUGCACAACUGAAUCAUGCACAACUGAGUCAUGCACAACUCAAUCAUGAACAACUCAAUCAUGAACAGCUGUCUCAGCAGCAGCAACACAGUCAGCAGCUUAUACCGCCACGACUCAGCCGUGAACUAACCCCUCUCUCCGAGCCCAUGUCCCCGACUCGUACUCGGCUUGAGCAGCUCGACCUGGAGUACGAUCCGGAACAACUGGCCCACACCUCCCAAUACGACGGGGCCGCCGAAGACACAUCGUUUACCAUUGAACGCGUCGUCGCCUCCUCCAGAAGAAAACGUGUUUGCGGAUGCUAG